UUCCUUUCCUAUAUAUAUUAUUGCCCGACAUCGACGGUCCGCUAUUCGCGUUUGACAGUAACUGGUGUUUCAGCUCGCACGCCCUUUCAGAGGUCUCCAACCAUGGCAGCCAAGACUGCAGUAAUAGCUUGGGGUUCCGGAGAAGAUGGACAGUUAGGAAUUGGAAAUAACGAGGAGAGAGAACGGAUCUGUGUUAUCAAAGCACUGGAGAAUGAGAAUGUUUGUUCUGUCGUUGCUGGAAGUCGAAACUCUCUCGCCAUUUGUGAUGACGGCAAGUUAUUCAUGUGGGGAUGGAAUCAAAGGGGGACUUUAGGACACACACCUAAUACCAAGACUGAGAAUAUUCCUAGUCAGGUCAAAGCUUUAGGUCAUGUCAAGAUUGUUCAGGCAGCUAUUGGUGGCUGGCAUUGUUUGGCUGUUGAUGAUCAAGGAAGAGCUUACGCUUGGGGUGGUAAUGAGUACGGCCAGUGUGGUGAGGAACCUGAACAUGAGCGUAAAGGUGAUAGUGUGAUACCUUUGAGAAGGGACAUAGUCAUUCCUAAACGAUGUGUUCCAAAACUUACAGUUCGACAGGUUGCGGCUGGAGGCACACACUCGGUUGUUCUUACUCGUGAAGGGGAUGUUUGGACUUGGGGUCAACCUUGGCCUCCGGGCGAUAUAAAGCAAAUCUCAACCCCGGUUAAAGUUCAAGGUCUUGAAAGGGUGAGGCAAAUUGCAGUUGGGGCUUUCCACAAUUUGGCACUCAUAGAAGAUGGAAAUGUAUGGGCAUGGGGAAAUAAUGAAUAUGGGCAACUUGGGACAGGAGACACUCAGCCAAGAUCACAACCUAUUCCUGUUCAAAGGCUUGCUGGUCUUGUUCUGGUCGAUAUUGCAGCUGGAGGAUGGCAUUCUUCAGCCCUAACAAAUGAAGGAGAGGUGUAUAGUUGGGGUAGAGGAGAACAUGGGAGACUUGGAUUUGGAGAUGAUAAGAGCAGUAAAAUGGUUCCACAAAAGGUUCUGCUUCUUGUUGAUGAGGAGAUUGUUCAGGUGUCUUGUGGGGGGACUCAUUCUGUUACUUUGACUCAAGACGGGCACUUGUUUUCAUAUGGACGAGGCGAUCAUGGUCGAUUAGGAUAUGGGAGAAAAGUAACAACAGGACAUCCUUAUGAGGUCCCGAUAAGCCUUCCUCCUCCACCUCCUGCUAAUGGCAUAGAAAAUGAUGAAUCUGAUGAUGGACAUUGGCGGGCUAAUCUUGUGGCUUGUGGUGGCCGACACACAUUGGCCAUAGUGGAAUGGCACACAGGUGAAUUGUAACCUUUAUGUUGGCCUACUUAUGAUGUAUUUUAGACCCUAACUGUUGUUGUUUUGAAAGAGACUAAUAAAGGAUUAUUAUUAUCUAUGGAAAAACAUAAUUUAAAGUGCAAUAUUUUGAGAGAACAUUUUAAGGUAUCAAUAUAAUAUGAUAAUGUUUCAAAUUUUGUUGUUAU